CAAGGCGGUACAUCACUAGCGAUCGUUUACUUGGUUUACCGAACGGAGAAAAUUUAUUUACUUUUAAAAUAUAUGAAUUUAUCACCUAAAUGACUUAUAUAUUCUAUAGUAAUUAAACAUAACAGAAAAAAUAUCGAGCCAGGAUGAGUGAUAAGUUAGGAUUUGACGAACUACGAAAUAAAUACAAGGAUGUGCUGUCCAAAGCCUUCACAACAAACAACAUCGAUUUACUGGAUUCAUUUACCAAAAAUACAAAUGAGACCGACAGGAAAGCGGCGAUGGAUCACGCGUUCAGAGAUAAACUCUUGGAACUGCUGAUUGAGGAGCCAGAUACGCUUGAAAAUUUCGUUUCUUUCUGCAUAGAGUCAUGUAGGAGACAGAUGGUAACUCCUACUAUGCCGGUUGUACUCCUUGGAGACAUUUUCGACGCACUUACAUUGAAUAAAUGCGAAAAACUGUUCUCCUACGUUGAAAACGGAGUAAGCAUAUGGAAAGAAGAAUUAUUUUUCGUAGCUUGUAAGAAUAACUUACUAAGGAUGUGUAAUGAUCUGCUCAGAAGACUAUCAAGGUCCCAGAACACAGUAUUCUGUGGUCGGAUCCUAUUGUUUCUUGCUAAAUUCUUUCCAUUUUCCGAAAGAUCUGGGUUGAACAUAGUCUCUGAGUUUAAUCUGGAGAACGUAACAGAAUUCGGUGGAGACAGUUCAAGUACAUUGAAGGAUUCCUUAGAUGAAGAAAUGGUGGUUGACAAUAAUGAAAAGAAUAAAAUAAACAUAGAUUAUAACUUGUACUGUAGAUUUUGGAGUUUGCAAGAUUUCUUUAGGAACCCAAAUAACUGUUAUAAUAAGUUGCAGUGGAAGACAUUUGUUGCUCACUCGGGCAGUGUGCUCUCAGCCUUCUCCUCAUAUAAGCUAGAAACUGUAGAGCUACAGAAAUCAAAACUGAAUUUGCUGAAGCCAGUAAAGACUGUGGCUACAGAUGCCGAGAUGAAGGACUCAGAAACCAAUGAACCUCAUUACUUUGCCAAGUUUCUGACCAAUCAGAAGCUUUUGGAGUUGCAGCUGUCGGAUUCUAACUUCCGAAGAUGUGUCCUCGUUCAGUUCCUAAUUCUGUUCCAGUAUCUCACUUCUACUGUGAAGUUUAAGAUGGAAGUCCAAGAAUUGAAGUCUGAUCAAGUAGACUGGGUGAAAGAGACUACAGCACUUGUUUACAAGUUACUUGGCGAGACUCCACCUAAUGGGAAGCAGUUUGCCGAGUGUGUCAAGCAUAUACUAAAGAGGGAGGAGCAUUGGAACAGCUGGAAAAAUGAUGGGUGUCCUGAAUUUCAGAAACCAAAGCCCCCUGUGUCAGUGGAGUCGACGGAUGAAGUGAAGAAGUCGAGAAAGCGUCGCCGUCCCGUCGGUGACAUCAUUAAGGAGUAUGAAGCUCAGAAUAAAUCUUAUAUGGGGAAUAAUGAGCUGACUAAGUUGUGGAACUUGUGUCCUGAUAAUCUUGCCGCCUGCCGCACCAAAGAGAGAGACUUCAUGCCGUCAUUAGAGUCGUACAUGGUAUGCGCGGGGUCGGCCCGCUUGGCGCGUUCGUGCGCGGGGUGGGGGUGGCGCGCGCUGCGCCUGCUGGCGCGUCGGUCGCCGCACUUCUUCGUGCACACCAACAACCCCAUCGGACGACUGCCUGACUACUUGACUGCCAUGGUUGAGCGCGUUACACGGGACGUUGCGCUUGCAGCCAAUGCAGCAGCUAAUGCGAACGGAGAGUCUUCUAAGAACCACAAUGAUAAACCUAACAAACCGGAAAACAACGAAGAGGAGAUAACUGAAGAACAAAUGGAAGCAGAUCUCAUAAAGGAAGGAGACGCCAACGAUAUUGAACAGGUACCAGACUCUACUCACGCUGGCGAAGAGGACUACGAUAAGACCUCCCGCUCAAGAGUCACGAUGAUAUCUCCCGCGCAACUCGAAGCCCUGUCCUCAAAACUCACAGACUGGAAGAAGUUAGCCGCCAAACUGGGAUAUAAAGCUGAUGAAAUACAGUUCUUUGAAACAGAAAACGCAACGGAUUCUGCUAGAGCUAAGAACAUGCUUCAGUUAUGGUUUGAUGAUGAUGAGGAUGCGUCCGUGGAGAACCUCCUUUACAUUAUGGAAGGAUUGAAGAUGACAGAUGCCUGCGAAGCACUGAAAAAUGUUAAAUGACAUCCGUUGAAAUCUAGUUAUAAGUCGAAGAUAUUAAAGUAUUUCUUGUA